AUGCAAUCCAACGAGGGAGUGGACGAGGUGAUGAAUAAACACAAGUUGCACUAUUUUCAAUUACUUCUUCAACGAAAAAACGAGACUAUGAAGAAAUAUGUGGAUGCUAUGAGGUUAUUAGAAGAAGAUACUCGUAAAUGUUAUGGAGAACUCAUAGGCGUGAACGAAAAUGAAUUGGUUGAAAUGAUGGUACUGGAUGGUUGCUUCAUCGUUGAAUUGAUCCGAAAGUUUGAGCAUAUUCACUUGAGAGACAAGCAUGAUCCUAUUUUUGGAAUGGACUGGAUUGUUAACAGCUUGCAACGUGACUUGAUGUUGUUCGAAAACCAGCUUCCAUUCUUUGUUCUUUGCAAGUUGUUCGACAUGAUUGAAGUUCCAAACCAUCAUCACAGGUUCAUUUAUCUGGCCUUGCGUUUUUUCCGCGAUCUUCUACCAGGUGUAGGACAUAGAAAAAGUUUUGAAGGAAGUUCACCAGAAAAUAUUAAGCAUUUGCUCGGGUUAAUACACAAUAACUGGCUUCCUUCAUUUGCAGGAAACGACACAAGUGAAAAUUUCAUGGCCCACAAAAAAAAAUGGCAGUUCAUUCAUUGUGCAACAGAGCUUAGAGAGGCAGGUAUUCAGUUUGUGAAGAAUGAAAAAUGUAGUUUGUUUGAUAUCAAGUUUGAUAAUGGAGUUAUGCAAAUACAUCCUUUGAUAAUCGAAGACAGAACAGAAACGUUCUUCAGAAAUCUCAUUGCAUACGAGCAGUAUGGUCAAGAUACAGAUUUCAGAUAUGUCACCGACUAUGUGAUAUUCCUGGAUAACCUCAUCGACUCUCCAAAAGAUGUUGACAUACUUUGUCGCCGGGGAAUUAUUGAUAAUUGGUUAGGUGAUGGUGAAGUGGUUUCCAACAUAUUUAACAAGAUUACUGAUGCUGUCACAACGCCAAACAACCACUUUCAUUAUGCUGAAAUCUUCACUAAAGUGAACAUUCAUUGCAAUAAACGCGUGAACCGAUGGAUGGCCAAAUUGAGGCGAAACUAUUUUAAUAGUCCUUGGGGAGUUAUUUCAAUUGCUGCUGCCAUCAUACUACUUUUACUCACUGCCACACAGACUUUAUUUACUGUUGUUCCUAAAUGGGCAUCAGCUAGGAAUUAG